AUGGCAUCCGCAGGAGAUGCUCGACUCUUGAAGUCGACCAAGUUCCCUCCCGAGUUCAGCCAGAAAGUCGACAUGCAAAAGGUCAACCUGCAGGUCAUAAAAAAGUUUGUCACCGGCCCCAGCAAGCCUUACGACGUUGUAAUUGAGCUGUGCUUCAACCUCAUUGACGGACCAAGAUAUCCCGACAUCAAAUCGCUACAGAUACAACUUACCGGAUUCUUAGACAAGGAUACCGCCCCGUUCUGCAAGGAGCUAUGGAAGCUGCUGCUGAGCGCACAAGGGAACCCUCAAGGCGUGCCCAAAGAGCUACUGGAAGCUAAGAAGCUUGAGCUUAUGCAGGAAAAGAUGGAAGCCGAUAGAGCCGCUGAGAAUGCACGAAAACGUCGUGACGACUUUGACCGUCGUGAUCGAGAAGUUAGCGACCUGAAAGAUCGAGAUCGUCGAGAUCGAGCAAACGACAGGGGCGAUCGGCCAGGACGCCGCGGGGAUCGGGCUUUCGAAGGUCGUGGCAGAGGAGGUCAUGGCUGGGGUGGAAACAGAUCACGUUCGCCCGAGCCUCGGCACCGCGCUUCUGCGUCAGACCGAUCCCGCUCCCGCUCCCGCUCCCGGAGCAGCAGUUCGUCCCGCAGUGAUCGCAGCGAUCGCAGCUCUCGAAGCCCUCCACGCCGCAAAGGACAUUCUGCCCGAUACAGAGACUCUAGGAAGAGGUCUAGGUCUCCUCGCGGUGAUGCUUACCGACCGAGGCGACAGUCACGCAACGGAAGGGACCGCCGAGAUGCUCGACACCGUCGGUCACAAUCCUCCGAACGCACCUCACCUCCGCCGAAGCGAAGACGGCAAUCCAUCUCCAGAAGUCGCCGCAGCCGCAGCCGCAGCCCCAUCCGCCGCCGUGCUCGAUCUGCUGAUAGCUCCGGACCAGGCUCUCCUCCACAACGCCGCCAUGGUCGCCAACGGCGUGAUAGUGGCCACCGUGAAGAUGACGAAGCCUUAGCGAGGGGCAAGGAUUCUGACAGGAGGAGACGCAAUAGCUCCUCUUCGCCCUCGUCUCCAUCAAAUCGUGGCAAAUCGGCUGAUGUUUUGGAAGAUGAACCGCGUGCCCCGAGCUCUUGA